AGUCCUUGAAGCAACAAUACCAAUUAGACAGCUGACGAUUUCUAAACACACCUCGAUUUACGUGUGAACGGUGUAAACAUCUUCAGUCUCAUCCAUUCAUCCUUGCAUCCUUCCAUGCAUCCAUCCUUCGAUGACAUCGAGCAGAGUUGGAUGGAGUUGACGCAUUGACGGUGCUCUUCAGAGGUGGUGGAGACAGCCUUGAUCCGGCCUGGAUUCUUUAGCCUAAGCCUUGGGCACGACCAUUGCUUGGUUUCCCUUUAAGCUUUGGCUCACUAUGAACGAGGCUGAGAAACGGCGUCUAUUGCGCCGGCGACGCAUCCUCGCCAAUCAAUCCCAACGCAUCCAAAGUAUCCUGCAAGAGCAUUCGGAACGAGAGCCCGCCUUGGAGGGACUAAAGCCGGCCAGUCUCGAGGACUAUCCAUCCACCCAGGAUCUCCCACCGCUACUUGAGCCCACUCCAGCUGAGGCGACAAUCUCCGGUUACGCGCCCGAGCCGACAUCGAUCCAAAUCCCAGGGCAGGCCUCCUCUCACUUCUCUGCAGAAUCGAGUCCUCCUGCUGCAGAUCCCGUGUUAGUGUCCUCCGUCACGGAUGAUUUGCAGACCCCGCUUUCCAUGUCCAAUCCCAUGGAGUUUUGGUUCUUAUGGGGAAUGUUCGGCUUGGGCGGAACCGCUGCCUUAGUUUCGAAUGUGAGCUUCUUGGCGGGCAUGCCUUGGACAUUAUUGGCCUUCAUUCUCGUAGCAUCUUAUCUGAUUGUGAUCGAUGCCACCGUUUCCAGGCCUAGAGCGGGGAGUGGCCCAAUGACUAUGCUCACCUUGGCCCUCAAAUUAGGCGGGGUGCGUGAGGUUUGGCUGGAGGUCGUGGCCGUGAGUUGUGUCAAGCUCUGUUUAUGGCCCGCCUAUCGUUCCACCGACUUUGAAGUCCAUCGGAAUUGGUUAGCCAUUACUCAUUCUUUGCCGAUAUCACAAUGGUACACGGAUCAAACCUCAUCCUGGACCUUGGAUUACCCGCCUUUUUUCGCUUGGUGGGAGUUCAUCUUGUCACAAGUAGCGUACUAUUUUGACCCGGACAUGUUGGUGGUGACACAUCUCAAUCACGCCACCCGUUCGACCAUCCUCUUUCAAAGGUUGUCCGUCAUAGCCGGAGACCUAGUCUUGGCCUUAGGCGUUCAUCGGUGUUUCGGCGGCCUCAAGCGCUUGGGCCAUUUCACCACCUCGGGCUUGUGGGGCGUUCUGGUCCUGAUUCUGGCUAACGGUGGGUUACUGAUCGUGGACCAUAUCCAUUUUCAAUACAAUGGAUUCCUCUUUGGGGUGUCCCUUUUGUCCCUGGGAGCAAUGAUGCAAUCAAAGCACCUUGAAUCGGCGUUUUGGUUUUGCUUCGUCCUGAACUUGAAACACAUCUACCUCUAUUGCGCACCCGUCUAUUUUGUGUAUCUACUACGUUCUUAUGUACUUCAAGGGAAAAACUGGUGGCGGGUGUUGUCGCGGUUAAUCGCCCUUGGAACAACAGUGAUCGGUGUGUUUGCCCUCUCAUUUGGGCCUUGGAUAUACCACGGCCAGAUGGCGAUUGUUUUGGGACGGUUAUUUCCUUUCAAAAGAGGACUAUGCCACGCAUAUUGGGCACCCAAUUUCUGGGCAGUCUAUAACAUUUGUGAUAAGAUUGUCGCCCUCAUUGGCCGUCGUUUGGAUUGGUUCAAGCUCUCCAAUGACCACGCUUCUAUGACGGGAGGAUUAGUGCAAGAAUUUGAUCACGCUGUUUUACCAUCCGUGGCACCAUUGACUACAUUCCUACUCUCGUUGAUUUCAAUGGUUCCCUCAUUGGUUCAUCUGUGGCGGCAUCCUCGGAACGUACUGAGUUUCUUAAAGGCCGUGGUAUUGUGCAACUUUGGAGCCUUCUUAUUUGGAUGGCACGUCCACGAAAAAGCCAUACUUCAUGUCACCAUUCCAUUGACAAUUGUGGCGUGUUUGGAACGUCGAGAGGCCAAAAUCUUAAUGUUUUUAAGCCUUACAGCCCAUGUGUCGUUACUGCCUUUGCUUUAUCGAGCUCAGGAGAGCGUCCUCAAAAUCAGCAUCGUGCUCUUCAGUUGGGUCUUUUACAUUAGGUGGUACGGACAACGUUAUCAAAAUAUGGUUCGCCUCCCGUUAUCGUGUUGGGAGGCUUGCUAUUGCAUAGGUCAUGCUCUGGUGGUGAUUUUUGAGACUGUGAUAUUUCCAUGCCUGCCUCUCACUCUCCAGGCGUCGUGGCCUUUCCUGCCUUUACUUUUGUAUUCGGAAUAUUGUGCCCUUGGUCUUCUCUACGCUUGGAUUCAAUUAAACCGAUCUUUGUUAUUUAAUCCUGCCAUAAGCCUGAAAUAGACUUGUUAAUGAUCAUA